AUGCUCACGGCAAGCUAUCCUUGCCAAGCUGUAACGGGGGGAGAAUUAAAGUGGUUAGAAGAUGAAGGAUUCAUUUGGCUGUCCUGUAUACCACGGAAGUGGUUUCAAGAUCAGUUGAAUGGGUGUAGUCGCGUAAACGCUUCAUUUGCAAGCGAUAAGGGAGGGCUGUACGCGAAAAUGUAUGGUUUCCGUCCAGUAUAUCAUUAUGAGGACAAGUUUACCUUUUUUCUUGAGACCAAAGAAACAAAUGAUCAGCGCUACCAUGAUGGCGGUGAGGGCAAGGCAGGACCUAGCAGCAGAUCAGAAUCAGACAGCUCCAUGCAAGACCCUCUCCUUAAAAGCAUGGAAGGAAUCGAGGGUCCUAAGCUUAAUAAGGACAAGGGUAAACAAGUUCUGGAAUAG